CGUGUUAGGCUGGGCCAGUGCAGGCAGGCAGAGAGGAGACACCCAGUGCUAGCUCCAACAAGUCAGGAUGCACACACACUCGCUCACACACACACAUUCACUCACACACACACACACACCGUCACAGCGUGUGACUCUGGACCACGCUUCAGGCUGACUGUGUUUCUUCUGGCAGCUUCACUCCUUCUCUUUUGUACGCUACUGGUCCCGGGCAGCACAGGAAUCUUUGCCUUCUUUCUCAUGUUCCCACUCUGGUCCUCCUAGGCCUUUCACUCUCCUCUUUUCCAACUUUGGACACGCAGCCAAAGCAAAACAAAUAUGGAAACUUAGCGGGACCUCAUUCCCCUAAUGCACGUCUCCUGGGACCCCACAAGAAAGGUCGACGCUCCGGCAACUCUUGUUUUCCCUUUCGCUCGCUCUCCCAAACUUCUCUCAUCGACUCACGCAAGAAGGAAAAGGUCCAUUUCCUCGCCGGGAUUGGGAAGAGCAAGUUCUCAAAAAAGUGCUGAGCAGCUUCUUGGAGUUCAUGGCAACCAACAUGUGAAGAUCAAAUGAUCUUCAACCGAAGCUUGGGUAGCAAAUGGCUGAGACUUGUUCAGGAAGUUCUCCUCACUGCAAUUGUUGACUGCAAUCAGCGUGACCUCUCUGUGGAGCUGGAAGCUGGAGUGUAACUCUCCGCAGUGAAGCCUUGAGAAUACAAGAAGUUCUCACCCGUGUUUUCUGGAUUACGAGGUUGAAGAUCAGGAUACAGGACUUGGAGAACCGGAGGCCUUGCUAAGAUUUAUUUAUUGAUCAAUUCAUUCAGCCGAAGAACUGAACUUUCUCUCUGCUGCUGAGCAGGUCGUCUGACUGACUGCGGACUGCAUACCUGACCAAAGCUUCUCAGCCAAGUUUCUUCUUGGCCACCCUUUCAAGCUCUUGAGUUACUGAUGAUUUUUACUUCCUGCAAAAUGUGCCUUUAUCACUCGAAACUUGUAAGGCGAGUGCUGCUCCAGGCUUUGCGAUAAAACGGCUGUGGUCUUCUCCACUGCGAUCUCCACUGAAAUCAUGCACAAAGAUCACCGCUUGCCCCGGAAGAGUUCGUUGUUCAACUUUGGUUCAGGUCGGAGAAGGCACUCCUGCAUUGGUUUCGAUGUGGAGAAUGGCCUGUCAGCAGGACGUGCGCUGGACCCUCAGGUCAGUCCCAGCUCUGGCCUGGUCCUGCAGGCUACUUUUCCUCACAGCCAGCGGCGCGAGUCCUUCUUGUACCGCUCCGACUCGGACUUCGACCUUUCGCCCAAGGCGAUGUCCAGAAAUUCCUCCACUGCCAGCGAGCUGGAAGAGGGCUUGAAACAGUGGGAAGUCAGUUGCCUGCCUCGACAUGGAGAAGACAUGAUUGUAACACCAUUUGCACAGGUUCUUGCCAGUCUGCGGACAGUACGGAGCAACUUUGCAGCUUUAACUCAUCUGCAGGAUCGGGGCGGCUGCAAGCGGCCGACGGGCAGCAAUCCUCCCUCCAUGUGCAAGCCAAGCUUACCAGAUGACACAUAUCCGAAAUUGGCCAUUGAGACACUGGAGGAGCUGGACUGGUGUCUGGACCAGCUGGAGACCCUGCAGACGCGUCACUCAGUCAGUGAGAUGGCCUCUAACAAGUUUAAAAGGAUGCUGAACCGAGAGCUGACGCAGCUGUCAGAGACGAGCCGCUCAGGAAACCAAGUGUCAGAGUUUAUAGCAAGCACAUUUUUAGAGAAACAGCACGAUGUGGAGAUCCUGUCUCCACCACCGAAGGAGAAGGAGAAGAAGCGGCGGCCCAUGUCUCAGAUCAGUGGUGUGAAGAAACUGACUCAUAGUCCCAGUCUGGCCCCCACCUGCAUCCCUCGCUUCGGGGUCAGCACUGAGCACGAGAGCCUGCUGGCCAAGGAGGUUGAAGACAUUAAUCGAUGGGGCUUAGAUAUCUUCAAAAUAGCACAGCAUUCAGGGAAUCGCCCACUGACGGUGAUUAUGUACAGCAUUUUUCAGGAACGAGACCUGCUGAAGUCCUUCAAGAUCCCAACAGACACUUUCAUCACCUUCAUGAUGACUCUAGAGGACCACUACCAUGCUGAUGUUGCCUACCACAAUAACAUCCAUGCUGCUGAUGUAGUGCAGUCCACGCAUGUGCUGCUCUCCUCACCUGCUCUAGAGGCCGUCUUCACUGACCUCGAAAUUAUGGCUGCUCUGUUUGCUAGUGCCAUUCAUGAUGUUGAUCACCCUGGAGUGUCCAACCAGUUCCUCAUAAACACCAACUCUGAGUUGGCGCUGAUGUACAACGAUGCAUCUGUGUUGGAGAACCAUCACCUGGCUGUGGGUUUCAAAUUACUACAGGAGGAGAACUGUGACAUCUUCCAGAACCUGAGCAAGAAGCAGCGACAGUCGUUGCGCAAGAUGGUUAUCGACAUGGUGUUGGCCACAGAUAUGUCCAAGCACAUGAAUUUCCUGGCAGACCUCAAGACCAUGGUGGAGACCAAGAAAGUGACCAGUCUUGGGGUGUUGUUGCUGGACAACUACUCAGAUAGAAUACAGGUUCUCCAGAACAUGGUCCACUGCGCUGACCUGAGCAACCCCACCAAGCCUCUGGAGAUCUACCGGCAGUGGACUGACCGAAUCAUGGUGGAAUAUUUCACGCAGGGUGACCGAGAGCGAGACAGAGGCAUGGAGAUCAGUCCAAUGUGUGACAAGCACACUGCCUCAGUGGAGAAAUCUCAGGUGGGCUUCAUUGACUACAUUGUGCAUCCUCUGUGGGAGACGUGGGCUGACCUGGUCCACCCCGAUGCUCAGGACAUUCUGGACACACUGGAGGACAACAGAGAAUGGUACCAGAGCAUGAUCCCCCACAGCCCCUCCCCCACGCCUGAGGAGCAGGACUCGCAGGGCGGCGGCAGUGGCUCUCUGGGAGCUGGAGGAGCCGGAGGAGAAAAGUUCCAGUUCGAGCUGACGCUGGAGGAGGAAGGCGAGUCGGAUGCUGAAAGCCCUCCAGCAGCGGAAAGCUCCAGGAACCCAACGGACAGCCUUAAUCGAGCCCCAUCGCCUCACCCCAGCCAAACUCUCGGCCUAGCCGCCAUGUCUGUGCGGAGCCCGAGCCAUAGGACGUUAUCUCCCGACACAGCGGACAGGGACAGCAGCAGAGAACGCGAUUAAGAGACUCCAACCAGGCACGUAGCAUGGCCUGAAACCAGCACUGCUGUCCUCCUAAUUACGUGUCUCCAGAAAAAUGACACGCUCUGAAUCUGUGACGGCCCGAAUGUGGCUGUAGCCACCUCCUCCUAGUGAACAACUCACACAAUACAACACCAGAGACAACUCCUCGUUUCACUUUCUCCUCGUCAACUAGUUAGACGCUUUCUUUUCAAGCCAAAAAAGCCUUUUUAGUCCUGGUUUCUUAUGACGCAUUCAUGUCUAGACUAGGGCGUCCUGUAAAAAAAACCCGACUUGACCAUGCUGUGACUGAGAGACUGCUGACCGAUGUUAAGAUGAACCAGCCUCUUUGUGGUCUACUGACAAAAGCAAGGAGUCCCUCUGAGAAAGAGUCUUCCUUCAAACGAUGCACACAGCGUCUGUAGAGGAAAGUGCUUGUGGUAUUUGUGGUAACCUUACAGGGUCUAGGAUCUUUUGCACCGUACGGUUAGUUUAGGAAUAUAAGAUAUUCAUUUACCUUGUGAAUAAUUCAUUUAGCACUCAUUUGUAUUUUUUCGAUACUUUUUAGCCGCUUGGAAGUGAUCCGAUGAAUGAGCAGUGACAGUCAUACCAAAUAAGAAAUUGAGAAGAGACAAAAUUAUGACACUAAUAACCUCAGGAUAUAUGAAUAAUGAUUUCAUUUUUAAUGUAGCAGGGUACCCCUGUAUGUUACCCAAUGUGAUUUUACUGUCGUAAAAACGUUUUUAAAAAAAUUACACGUAGGACUUUGCAUAGUAAAUUGGACACAUUUUUAUGUAUGAGCGCUUAAAUGUCUUUGGCUUUGUUAAGUGAAUGGGGAUGGUAAAUAGAGCCACUGCAUUAGAUGGUACAAAAAUCAUGCCAGGAGAGCUGCUUGAGCUAUUUAAUUUUAUUUAUUUAUUUAUUUAUUUUAAGGCGAAAAUGUUCAUGGCAUGUAAAGCAGAUCGCAUUUUUUUUUUACAUUUUAUUUGACUCAGAUUUUUAGAAUUGUGAGUAGUAGUAAUAGUUUAGUUAAUAAUUGAGUUAUAGUAAUGUAAUUCCUGGGUGGCCUGGUGGUGUAACAGAGUUGGGGGUUCUGGGUGUUCCUGCCUUUCACCCAGUGGUUCCGGUAAGGCUACUGAACCCACAACUACCAUGACCACGAGCAAAACAGAUUAAAUAGAACAUUCAUAAAUGAAUAAACAGCGUAACAGCAUAUUAGUUUCACUUAUGUUUCACUAUGUCACUGAUUAACACGGAUAUGGAUAUCACUAUCGUUUGAAAUGGCUAAUCCCAUUAAAACAACGGUUCUUUUGUUUCUUUUUUGCAUCAAGAGCAGAUUUGCCAGUGGACCACUAUAUCUAAAGCCUGUGAAAAUAUGAUCUACUGUCUAACAGAACAGAGCAGAGUUCUGUGGACUAAUGAAAUGGCCAGUACUGGUGCACAGACGUACAUUUAUGAUUUAUGUUUGCAUACAAUGAAUAUUUUCACCACAGUUUCCUCUGAUAUGAUUUUGGUGCUCUCUGAUGCAGUGACUCAUACAGGACUGUGAGUGGGGUUAGAAACUCCAUUGAGUUCUCUAUGGAGAUCUCUCCGUGACCCAUUUUACACCUAAAGAAUCUGCCAGUGAUAAUUGUUUGUGUAUAGCUGGGGUGAAUAUCCAGGGGUACCAGUUUGUGUCAUUUUCUCAACUUAAAACACCACUUACACUCAUGUUUGUACGGUUUGUUUUAUUGUUUUACCUAAUGUCCAGUUUUGCAGUUCUAAUCAGAUCGGAUGAUUUAGAUAAAGGUGCGUCAAAGGGUUCUUUCAAAAAACAAAGAAUCAUAUUUGGUUGCAAAGGAGUUUUAAGAGUGUUGAGGACCUUUGUUUGCUCAAUAAUCACUGUUCUUUUCUGAAUUGUUCACUUUUUAUAAAAUCAAAAGUGGUUUAUUGGGGGCUUCACGUGGCUUAGCGGACCAUCAGAAGCCUGAAGUCUGAGACAGCACAAAUGGCUAUGCUAUCUUUUUGUGGGUGGAUAGUGUUCUCUUUCCACAUCACCAACAUUGUGAUGCUGGUCAGCACAGGCAUCUGUUGGCUGUUGUAUCAGAGCUAGGAAUCUGAUGCUUUCCUUAGAGUGCGUUGGCUACCAAUUAAAAUUUGGUUCAUACUAAGUGGGUGGGUUAAUUGGCUCAGCUAAAAUGGAAAGAAAUUGGGUUUAAAACAGUUUUUUUUUCUAUGGCAUCACCCAAAGAACCCUUUGUAGCACCCUUAUGUAUUUUAUUAUCAGGAGUGUGCACUGAAUCUGAUUCAGAUGUGUCCAUCCAGACGCAUGCCAUCACACACUGUCUGUUGUGUUUUUGUUAGUAGUACUGUUAUUUUUGUAACAGUAGCUGUUUCAAGGUAAUAUAUUUUAUUCCUGUGGAAAUGACAGUACAUUCAACGCAUCACUUACACUGCCUCGACUGAGUGUUGGCCUCGGUUAAGUGUUGUCAGAUAGUGGCUUAUGAUUUGAUCUCACCAGUUUGUUUGUUUUGCUUUGUUUUUUAUAUGUAAUCUAGGACUACUCUAGGCAUCUGAACCACAGAUUAUUACAGUGCUUUUAAAGGGCUAGAGACAAACCAGGAUGUAAGAAACAGGACUGAAUGACUCUCUCCCUGCUGUCUGGUAAUAUCUAUACUUUUACACCAGGUUACCAGGUUAGUUAUUUUUUCAGCACACACACAUGUAAGAAUUUUGUCUUUUAACAUAUUUAAAUAGAAUAGAAAGAUUUGGUCUUCCCUUGAGCAAUAUUGAGAGAUUAGGUAAAGACUAAGGUUUCGUGGAAAGCACCUAGACAGAAAACAAGAACUCCUGAAACAAUGUGCUUUGACCUUAAUUGACGUUAAGUCAAAUACAAAAAUGCAUAUAAAGAUAUUUUAAUAUUUUUAGAGACUUCUUCACCGAUCUUGUGGUCUGCUCUUUGACAUUUUGAUUAGUAUUAAACUAUUUACCAAUCAGAUUGGAAAAUCUGCUCUUUUAACAAAUAACAUUAUAUUAUCCAUCUCUUUUUUAUUCUUAUUUUUUUUUAUUAAAAUACCUAAAAUUGCUUUAUUUUAUCUGAUUUUUAUUUCUUCAUUCAUGAAAAGCCCUUUAAAAAAACAGGGCUCCAACAGGGUCCAGCAGACUAAGGUGCUGCCACUAUGGUUCGAAUCCCUUGACAUGCUGCUUGACAUCAGCAGCCAGAGUCUGAGAGAGCACAAUUGGCCUUGCUCUUUCUCUCCCCACAUCCACAUAACUUCCAAGGUAAUGUUUGUCAGCACAAGGCGUCUGUUAGCAGAUGUAUCAGAGCUGGGGAUCUGGUGCUUUCCUCUAAAUGCACUAGAUACUAGUUACAAUACUAAAGAAAAUAACUGAUUAUCACAAUAGGAAGAAAUGGUUGGUAAAUGGAUAUUUGUUAGAAGAUUGUUCAGUUGUAUGUCCUUCAUCUCUCAGUAUUGUUCAAAUGAAUGUCAAAAAAUGGGGGGAAAAGACAUAAUUAAUUGGGGUGUCCUAAUUUUUUCACAUGACUGUGUCACAUGGGAAUUUCUGGCAAAUUGUGCAUAGAUGUGAGUAAAUAACUGUGUGUGGCUUCCUGCUCAGUGAUUCUGGAUCUACCACAACUCUGACCAGUAGAUAGAGACAAGAAGCUAAAUUAAUUAAUUAAUUAAUAAAUACAUACAUAAAUACGACACACAAAAUCUACACAUAACAGCAUAAAAAUCAUACUUUUUUUGUUAAUAACUAACACAUGGUUAUUACUGUUAUUUAAAAUGGUUACCACUUUUCUUUUCAUCAAUAAGAGCAGGAAGCCCUUUUGACUUUAAAUACAGGAAACACUAAACUCACUGUUUAAUCCAGAGCCUUUGCAAACUCAGCACACUACUGUCUUCACUCAGCUAAGACCUCCUUCAGCCUUAAAGCAGCACAGUGGGAGAGAGCUUCAGAGCCAGGGUUCAGAGGGCACAUAGGCUGCGCCGUUUCUCUAGUAUUUAUUUUUUUUUUUUUGCAAUGUCGCCUUUCUGUCUUUUUCAUCUUUACUGAUGUGCCAAGCGUGCUAUUUAUUCCCUGUGCUGAUAACGUCCAAACCAAGGCCUGUUCCUGUUCCAUUCAUUUGUCGAGGAAAUUGUGUCUUUUGAUCCGGGGAGCCCGAGUGCUCUCUUAGAUAAAGGUGUUUUUGCCACUCCUGUGCGUGUCCACGUGUACCUCUUCAUUUGCCACUUUUUAAAGCCAAAACCUCCAGAUUAAUUCAGGUUGCUCUCUAGAAACCAAUGUCAAUAAAAAAGGUUACUCUGA